AUGAAAGGCCUCAGGCAAGGUGACCCACUUUCACCAUUCCUUUUUAACAUUGUUGCAGAGAGCCUUAACUUAUUGAUGUCAAGAGCUAAAGAAGUGGGUUUGAUAAGAGGAGCUUCAAUUGGUCCAAAUGAUCUGAGAUUAUCUCACAUUCAGUUUGCAGAUGAUACCAUUAUAUUUUGUAAAGCAGAUUGGGAGGAAAUUAUUGCUAUUAAGCGAAUUCUUAGAUGUUUUGAGAUAUUGUCUGGAUUAAAAAUUAAUUUCCACAAAAGUCAGGUUUAUGGAAUAGGUGUGCAGGAUAAUCUAGUGAAAGAAUUUGCAAAUAGGCUCAAUUGCCAUAGCCAAAAGCUGCCUUUGAAGUAUCUGGGUCUGCCUUUAGGAGCAAAUCCAAGGAGAAAUAGCACUUGGCAGCCAGUGGUGGAUAAUUUUAAGAAGAAGCUAGCUCUAUGGAAGAGAAUGUGCUUGUUUUUUGCAGGUAGAGAUGUCUUAUCAGUGAAUCUAUCUAAUCCUGCUUUGAGUGUAUUCUUUUUCAACUAUGUCAAAACAGUAGUGGGAAAUGGUAGAAGGAUUCAGUUUUGGGUUGAUAGAUGGUUUAGCAAUCAAAGUCUUAGUGAAGCCUUUCCCAGAUUGUUUUCAUUGUCAACAGAAAAAGGGGAGUCAUUGCUACAUUUUGUCCAAAGGAAAGGAAAGGGUCGCAACUGGAAGCUUGCUUUUAGGAGGCCCCUAUUUGCUUGGGAAGAGAAGGAAGUGUCCAACUUGAAUGUUUUGUUGCAUAAUGCACCUACUAUAAAUGCUUUAGUUGAAGAUUCUUGUCUUUGGUUAGCUCACUCUUCUGGGUUUUUUACUGUGGCAUCAGUGUGGAAAUCUUGGAAUCAUCCAAAGGUCCUGAAUGAGUGUUUGUUUAAAGAGGCAAAUCCAGAUUUUGCAGAAUUAACAGAGUUAGUGAAUGUUAGAGUUGCUUUAUGGGCAAAAUCAAAUUUGAAAGAGAGCAUUGGAGUCUCAUUGAUUUGGAGCUGCUUUUGGUACUGGCUUGCGGUGAAAGUGUCAUGGUCUGAGGAUGUUGUGAUCUGUUUUGCACUGGAGGUUGUAGGAUUAGACUUAAGGCUAGUGGUUUGUUUGCUGGCUGAUUUGGUUGUUGGUUUGAGUGGAGUUCCUGGCACCAAAACUUCUGGUUUGUUCUAUUUUGCUGAUUUGGCUUGA